AUGUCCUCAUCAGACUGGUCACUGCCCCUCCCACUCUUGUACAACGUGAUGUUCAGUGCUGAGGCGCUGGAAGGAAUCAUGAAGACGUGGGAGGAAACGUCACUGGACAUCACACCCUACAAAGACAAGGGUCACCACAAACUGAGGGGAACAGAGGAAGUGUUCCAAGCUCUGGAGGAUAACCAGGUGACCCUGUCUGUAAUGAAAGCAUCCCGUUUUGUCAAAGCAUUUGAAAGGGAAGUUGACCACUGGGAACGCUGUCUGUCUCUUGUGCUGGAAGUCAUUGAAAUGAUCCUCACUGUACAACGACAGUGGAUGUAUCUGGAGAACAUAUUUCAGGCAGAGGACAUCCGUAAGCAGUUGCCUCGUGAGACGGCCGAAUUUGAUGAUGUCAACUCCAGUUGGAAGAAGAUCAUGGAGCGCCUCAAUAAGGACAGAAACGCUUUGACAGGAACACACCACCCAGGUCUUUUAGAAAAGCUCUCAGACAUGAACAGUAAGUUAGAGGAGAUUCAGAAGUCCCUGGACAUGUACCUCGAGACCAAAAGGCAGAUCUUUCCCCGAUUCUACUUCUUAUCUAACGAUGACCUGCUGGAGAUCCUGGGCCAGUCACGCAAUCCUGAAGCUGUGCAGCCGCACCUCAAGAAGUGCUUUGACAACAUCAAGAGUCUCUGCAUCAACAAGACUGGGAUCAACAGUAAUAAGUGGGAAGCCAGUGGAAUGCUCUCAGCCGAUGGAGAGUUGGUGGACUUCACUCAUCCUGUUCUUCUAGAGGGGCCGGUAGAGGCGUGGUUGUGUGAUGUAGAGCGGACCAUGCGCUGGACUCUAAAGGACUGUCUGAAGAACUGUUGCAUGGCUCUCAAGAAGAUGGCAGGGAAAAGGGGCAAAUGGGUGCGAGACUGGCCAGGACAGAUGUUGAUCACUACUAGUCAAAUCCAGUGGACUACAGAUGUCACCAGAGCUCUUGUGACCAACAAAGAGACAACGGAUAAAUCUGCUCUCAAAUCACUCAAAAAGAAGCAGGUGUCCAUGCUCAAUCAGCUCUCUGAAGCCAUACGAGGGAAUUUAUCCAAGAUCCUGCGGUUGAAGAUAGUCGGCUUGGUCACCGUGGAGGUCCACGCCCGUGAUGUCAUCAGCAAACUGGCCAAGGCGGGAUGCUGUGAUGUCAACGCCUUCGACUGGCUCUGCCAACUCCGCCUAUACUGGGACAAGGAUGUGGAUGAUUGCAUCAUCAAACAGACCAACACGCACUUCCGCUACGGCUACGAGUACCUGGGCAACUCUGGCCGUCUGGUCAUCACCCCCCUCACAGACAGGUGCUAUAUGACUCUAACCACAGCGCUGCAUCUACAUCGGGGUGGUUCUCCUAAAGGUCCCGCUGGCACUGGAAAAACAGAAACAGUGAAAGAUCUGGGUAAGGCUCUGGGCAUGUAUGUGAUAGUGGUCAACUGCUCAGAGGGUCUGGACUUCAAAUCUAUGGGCCGCAUGUACUCCGGUCUUGCUCAGACGGGUGCAUGGGGUUGUUUUGAUGAGUUUAACCGUAUAAACAUUGAGGUGCUGUCCGUGGUGGCCCAGCAGAUUCUGUCCAUCCUGUCUGCUCUUUCUGCUGGGGUCAACAAAUUCAUCUUUGAAGGAAAGCAGAUCAGUUUAGUAUGGUCUUGUGGAAUCUUCAUCACCAUGAACCCAGGCUACGCUGGCCGCACUGAGUUGCCUGAUAAUCUGAAGUCUAUGUUUCGGCCGAUCUCUAUGGUGGUGCCAGAUUCCACCCUCAUAGCCGAGAUUACUCUCUUUGCAGAGGGUUUUAGUAACUGCAAGGUGUUGGCUAAGAAGGUCUUCACUCUGUAUUCUCUGGCGGUGCAGCAGUUGUCUAAACAGGACCACUAUGACUUCGGUCUGCGAGCUCUCACCUCUCUACUACGCUAUGCUGGAAAGAAGCGCAGAGUUUGUCCAGACAUCGCCGAUGAAGAGAUUCUGCUGAUGUCUAUGAAAGACAUGAACAUUGCCAAGCUGACCUCCAUCGAUCUGCCACUGUUUAAUGGGAUCAUCCAGGAUCUUUUCCCUGCUGUGGAGACGCCUACUAUUGACUAUGGAAAGCUAAAAGAGGCUAUAGAAGCAGAACUUCACCAGAGCCAUCUCCAGGUGACCAGCUUCACAAUGACCAAAGUAAUUCAACUGUACGAGACCAAAAAUUCCAGACACUCCACCAUGAUCGUGGGAAAGACGGGCAGUGGCAAGACGGUCACGUGGCGAACCCUCCAGAAUGCCCUCAGCAACCUGCACCACAAAGGAGAGCCAGGAUUCAAUCUAAUACGUGAGUUUCCCCUGAACCCCAAGGCAGUCAGUCUGGGUGAGCUGUACGGAGAAUACAACCUCGGCACCAACGAGUGGACAGACGGCAUCCUCUCCUGCCUUAUGAGGGUGGCCUGUGCAGAUGAGAAGCCUGAUGAGAAGUGGAUUGUGUUUGAUGGGCCAGUGGACACGCUGUGGAUCGAGAGCAUGAACUCUGUAAUGGACGACAACAAAGUCCUCACACUCAUCAAUGGAGAGAGAAUAUCCAUGCCUGAACAGGUGUCAUUAUUAUUUGAAGUGGAGGAUUUAGCUGUGGCGUCCCCUGCUACCGUGUCUCGCUGCGGUAUGGUUUACAACGACUACUCCGAUUUGAGCUGGAAGCCGUACGUUCAAUCCUGGAUGGAAAAAAGACAGAAGAUUGAAAUGGAUCAUUUAAAGCAGCUCUUUGAGCGAUAUAUGGAGAAGACCCUCACUUUUAAGAAGAUUCACUGUAAAGAGCUUGUGAGCAUCACUGAACUGAAUGCAGUGGCAUCGCUCUGUAGACUCUACGAUUCACUGGCCACUCCUGAGAACGGGGUAAACCCAGUGGAUGCUGAACACUUCAGCCUUAUGGUGGAGCUCUGGUUCAUCUUCAGUCUCAUAUGGUCUGUGUGUGGCUCUGUGGAUGAGGAUGGACGCAAGAAGAUUGACAACUUCCUACGUGAAAUAGAAGGAACUUUCCCUAACAAGGACACCAUCUACGAGUACUACGUGGACACCAAGAACAAAACGUGGGCGUCAUUUGAGGACAAGCUGCCCAAGGGCUGGCGUUACGCUUCCAAUGCUCCAUUCUAUAAGAUCAUGGUGCCCACGGUGGACACGGUGCGCUAUCAUUAUCUGGUCAAGGCUCUGGUGAGCGCUCAGCACCCUGUGCUGCUGACGGGUCCAGUGGGGACAGGAAAGACGUCAGUGGCCCAGAGUGUCCUGCAGAGCUUGGACACAGUCACGUGGGCCACACUCACCAUCAACAUGUCCUCACAGACUAGCUCUAAUAAUGUUCAGGAGAUCAUUGAGUCUCGAGUGGAGAAGAGGAUUAAAGGUGUAUAUGUGCCGGUGGGUGGGAAGAACAUGCUUGUUUUUCUAGAUGAUCUUAACAUGCCCGCCAUGGAUGACUUUGGCUCCCAGCCUCCACUGGAGCUGCUCCGCCUCUGGAUUGAUUACGGCUUCUGGUAUGACCGCCAGAAACAGACCCUCAAGUCUAUCAAAGACAUUUUUCUUCUGGCUGCGAUGGGGCCUCCUGGUGGAGGGAGGACUCACAUAUCAGGACGCCUGCAGAGCCGCUUUAAUCUCAUCAACAUGACCUUCCCUACAGAGUCUCAGAUAAAGCUCAUCUACGGCACCAUGAUCAGUCAGAAGCUGCAGGAGUUUGAGGAGGAGGUGAAGCCCAUCGGAGGGGUUUUGACCCAAGCCACCCUGGAGCUGUACCAAGCCAUCAGCGCCCGUUUUUUACCCACACCCGCAAAAAUACACUACCUCUUUAACCUCAGAGACAUCUCCAAGGUGUUCCAGGGAUUAUUACGAGCACACCGAGACUUUCACGACACCAAGCAGAGUAUCACACGCCUUUGGAUUCAUGAGUGCUUUAGGGUCUUCUCGGAUCGAUUGGUGGAUCAUGCAGACAUGGAGACAUUUGUUGGACUUUUGUCAGAAAAACUAGCAUCUCAUUUUGAUGUUCCCUACCACACCAUCUGCCCCAACAAACAGCCCCCUGUGUUUGGGGACUUCCUCAGAGAGUCGCAUGUAUAUGAGGAUCUGUUGGACUUCAAGGGUCUAAAGGCUUAUAUGGAGAUCCAGCUGGAGGACUAUAACCUCACACCUGGUGUGGUCCCCAUGAGCCUGGUGCUCUUCAGAGAUGCAAUAGAGCACGUAACGCGUGUGGUACGUGUGAUCAGUCAGCACAGAGGAAACAUGUUGCUGGUUGGUAUCGGAGGCUCAGGCAGGCAGAGUUUAACCAGGUUGGCUGCUUUCAUCUGUCAGUUUACAGUCUUCCAAGUGGAGGUCACCAAACAAUAUCGCAAACAAGACUUCAGAGAUGACAUUAAAAAGCUCUAUCGAUUGACCGGAGUGGAAAACAAGCCCACUGUGUUCCUGUUUAACGACACGCAGAUCGUGGAUGAGUCCUUCCUUGAAGAUAUUAACAACAUCUUGAGCUCAGGGGAAGUGCCUAACCUUUAUAAAGCAGAUGAGCUCGAUGAGAUCCAGAACGCUCUCUCAGACUCUGCCAGGAAAGACAAUAUCCUGGAGACUCCAGAUGCCGUGUUUAACUACCUGAUAGAGCGUGUCAGAAACAACUUGCACAUUGUGCUGUGCAUGAGCCCUGUGGGAGAUCCAUUCAGGAACCGUAUCCGUCAGUAUCCAGCACUGGUGAACUGCACCACUAUAGACUGGUUCUGCGAAUGGCCCCGUGACGCUCUGUUAGAAGUGGCAGAGAGAUGUCUGGGUGGCCUCUCUCUAGGAAGCGAAGACGGGAUCCAGGCUAAAGUGGCCAGUAUCUUUGUGACCGUGCACCAGUCUGUGGCCCAGUUCACUCACAGGAUGAAAGUAGAAAUGAAGAGACACAAUUACGUCACCCCCACCAACUACCUGGAGCUGGUUUCUGGAUACAAGAAGUUGUUGUCUGAGAAGCGUGAUGAGUUUGGAGAGCAGGUGUCUAAGUUGAAGAACGGCUUGUUUAAGAUCGACGACACACGGAUUAAGGUGGAGGCCAUGUCCGUGGAGCUAGAAGAUGCCAAGAAGAAAGUGGCAGCGUUCCAGAAGCAAUGUGAGGAAUAUCUGGUUGUCAUCGUUCAGCAGAAGAGGGAUGCAGACGAACAACAGAAGGCGGUGGGCGCUCACAGUGAGAAAAUAGAAGCAGAGGAAAUCAAAUGUAAGGCCAUGGCAGAGAAUGCGCAGAGAGACCUAGAUGAAGCACUUCCUGCUUUGGAGGAAGCCAUGAAGGCUCUUGAGUCACUGAAUAAAAAAGACAUGACUGAAAUCAAGUCUUACGGCAGACCUCCAGCUCUUGUGGAAACUGUCAUGCAGGCUGUAAUGAUCCUAAGAGGAUGUGAACCAACCUGGGCAGAGGCCAAAAGACAACUGGGAGAGGCCAACUUCAUUAAACAGUUGGUGAAUUUUGAUAAGGACAACAUAUCUGACCGCGUGUUGAAGACCAUUGGACAUUACUGCACGCAACCCGACUUUCAGCCUGAGAUCAUCGGACGGGUCUCGCUCGCUGCUAAGUCCCUCUGCAUGUGGGUCAGGGCCAUGGAGGUUUACGGUCGUAUCUACAGGGUGGUGGAACCGAAGAGAGCCAGGCUGCAUGGAGCAAUGACGCAGCUGGCUGAGAAACAGGCUGCGCUGGCUGAGGCUCAGGGCAAACUCAGAGAGGUAGGAGAAAAGCUGGAUGAGUUAAAGAGACAUUACGAUGAAAAGCUGGCCCAGAAAGAGGAGCUACGGAGGAAAUCGGAGGAUAUGGAGCUGAAACUGGACAGAGCUGGAAAGCUGUUGUCUGGACUGGCAGGAGAGAGAGUCCGCUGGGAAGAGACAGUAGCUGGUCUGGAGAAGAACAUGUCCUGUCUGGUGGGGGAUUGCCUGCUGGCCGCUGCCUUCCUGUCUUACAUGGGCCCUUUCCUGUCUAACUACAGAGAUGAGCUGGUCACAAAGAUCUGGAUGAAACAGGUGAGAGAAUUGGAGGUGCCCUGUUCUCCAGGGUUCAGUUUCGCAGCUUUCCUGUCUAAACCCACAGCAGUGCGUGAAUGGAACAUCCAAGGCCUCCCAUCUGACGCCUUCUCCACAGAGAAUGGAGUCAUCGUCACCCGUGGCAACCGAUGGCCGCUAAUGGUGGACCCUCAAGGACAAGCGCAAAAGUGGAUUAAGAACAUGGAACUUAAAAGAGGGUUGAAGGUAAUUGACCUGCAGAUGCCUGAUUUUUUGCGGGUACUGGAGAAUGCAAUGCAAUUUGGUUCCCCAGUUCUCCUGCAGAACGUCCAAGAGGAACUGGACCCGGCACUGGCCCCAAUACUCAACAAGUCCCUCACACGAGUUGGGGGCCGGUUCUUGUUAAAACUGGGAGACAAAGAGGUGGAAUACAGUCCUGAAUUCCGUUUCUACAUGACCACCAAACUGUCCAAUCCACAUUACACCCCUGAGAUCUCCUCCAAAACCACAAUCGUCAACUUUGCAGUUAAAGAACAGGGUCUGGAGGCCCAGCUGCUGGGGAUUGUGGUGAGAAAAGAGCGUCCUGAGCUAGAGGAGCAGAAGGACUCUCUAGUGAUCAACAUCGCCUCUGGCAGGAGGAAACUACAAGAGCUGGAGGAUGAGAUUCUGCGGCUGCUGAACGAGGCGACCGGCUCCCUGCUGGAUGACGUUCAGCUAGUAAACACCCUGCAGACCUCCAAAGUCACGGCCACCGAGGUCGCAGAACAACUGGAGAUCAGUGAACUGACCGAGAGCCAAAUCGAUAUUGCCAGAGAGGCCUACCGUCCAUGUGCCCAGAGGGCGUCCAUCUUGUUCUUCGUGCUGAAUGAUCUGGGCUGUAUAGAUCCCAUGUAUCAGUUCUCUCUGGACGCCUACAUCGCCCUGUUUACGCUGAGUAUAGAGAGCAGCCCCCGCAGCCACAAACUGGAGGAGAGGAUAAACAACCUCAACAGGCACCACACUUAUGCUGUCUACAGAUACACCUGUCGAGGACUGUUUGAGUGUCACAAGCUUCUGUUCAGUUUCCACAUGUGUGCUAAGAUCCUGGAGGCAUCGGGCAAACUCAACAUGGAUGAACACAGCUUCUUCCUUCGAGGGGGACUGGUGUUGGAUAAAGAGGAACAGAUGGAUAAUCCCUGCUCUAACUGGCUGUCUGACGCUAACUGGGACAACAUAACAGAACUGGAUAAACUGACUAAUUUUCAUGGGCUCAUGGCCUCGUUCGAGCAGUACCCACGAGACUGGCACCUCUGGUACACAAAUCCAGAACCAGAGAAAGCGCCAUUGCCUGGAGAAUGGAAAACCAAAUGUAAUGAGCUGCAGAGGAUGCUGAUUGUACGUUCUCUCCGGCAGGAUCGCAUCUCUAUCUGCGUCACAGAUUUUGUGAUCAAGAACCUGGGCUCUCAGUUUGUCGAGCCACCCAUCCUCGAGAUGAAAGCUGUUGUAGCAGACAGCACCACAAGGACUCCACUGAUCUUCGUGCUGUCUCCUGGGGUGGACCCAACGGCAGCCCUGGUCCAGCUGGCAGAGAUGUCAGGCAUGGGUCAGCACUUCUUUGCCCUCUCACUGGGUCAGGGCCAGGCACCCAUCGCAACGCGCCUGAUCAAAGAGGGAGUCAAGAAUGGUCACUGGGUAUUCUUGGCUAACUGUCACCUGUCUCUCUCUUGGAUGUGUGAGCUGGAUAAACUGGUGGAUGAGUUACAGAUCCAAGAAUCUCAUCCAAACUUCCGACUGUGGCUGAGCUCCUCCCCUCACCCAGAAUUCCCUAUUGCUAUCCUGCAGACGGGCAUCAAAAUCACCACUGAGCCACCCAGGGGGGUAAAGUGGAAUAUGAAGCGUCUCUAUCAGCUCGUGUCUGAGUCUCAGUUCUCGCGCUCGGCUCGGCCUGCGCUGUACCGCAAGCUGCUCUUCAAUCUUUGCUUCUUCCACAGCGUCAUACUGGAGAGGAGGAAAUUCCUACAGCUCGGCUGGAACAUUGUCUACAGCUUCAACGAUUCUGACUUCGAGGUGAGUGAGAAUCUUCUGAGCCUCUAUCUGGAUGAGUAUGAGGAGAUCCCUUGGGAUGCUUUGAAGUUCCUCAUCGCUGGGAUCAAUUAUGGAGGUCAUGUGACCGAUGACUGGGAUCGGCGUCUGCUUACCACUUACAUCAACCACUAUUUCUGUCCAGCUGUUAUUGAUACACCCUUUUUUAAGCUCUCCUCCCUUCUUUCUUACUACGUUCCUCGUGAUGGACCUCAGACCUCAUAUGUGGAGUUCAUUGAUCAGUUGCCGGCACUGGAGCACCCGGAACUGUUUGGACAACACCCCAAUGCUGACAUCGCCAGCCAGAUUACAGAGACUCGAACCCUCUUCCAUACACUGUUGUCUCUACAACCGCAAAUCACCAGCACUGACUCCACCAGCACUGCAACUAGCAGGGAGGACAAGGUGUUGGAGCUCUCCGCUGAUGUGCUUCAAAAGAUCCCCGCUCUGAUAGACUAUGAGGGUACCAGGAAGUUGUUGAAAGAUGACCUUUCACCUCUGAAUGUAGUACUACUGCAGGAGAUCCAGAGAUACAACACCCUGCUACAUACCAUCAGAUCAUCUCUCUUGGAGCUGGAGAAGGGCAUUAAGGGUCUGGUUGUGAUGUCCAGCAGUCUAGAGGAGAUAUUUCACUGUAUCCAUGAUGCUCGUGUGCCUCCUCUCUGGGAGAAGGCGUACCCAUCUCUAAAGCCCUUGGCAUCUUGGACGCGGGACUUGUGCCAGCGCGUGGAGCAGUUUGCUCGCUGGGCGGAGACAGCUCACCCUCCUGUCCUCUUCUGGCUGUCUGGAUUUACUUUCCCCACAGGCUUCCUCACCGCAGUAUUACAGAGCUCCGCACGACAGCACAACGUGUCUGUAGACAAUCUAUCCUGGGAGUUCACUGUCACCACGGUAGAUGACAACAAUCUGCUUUUCCCUCCCAAGGAUGGAGUGUUCAUCCAGGGGUUGUAUCUAGAGGGGGCAGGCUGGGAUAAGAAAGCCUCUUGUCUGGUGGAGGCGGAGCCUAUGCAGCUAGUCUGCCCUAUGCCCACCAUCCACUUCAAACCUGUGGAGAGCCGCAAGAGGGUUGCCAAGAAUAUGUACAGCUGUCCCUGCUACUAUUAUCCCUUGCGAUCUGGCGGUGCCGGCCGUCCGUCAUUUGUGGUGGCAGUUGAUCUGAAGUGUGGAGCUAUGCCUUAUGAUCACUGGAUUAUGAGAGGAACUGCUCUUCUUAUGAGUCUUGACAACUAGGAAGACAACACACACACUCGCACUUGUGUUUCAUGCCUAAUUAAUAUAAUUUCUUUUGUUUUACAAUAUGCAAAACGGAACAAUCACUUUUUAGUCCUACAAAAGAAAAUAAUUGAAUGUGCUAAAAUGCAAGAAAAAAAGGGAAAAAAACUAAAUGAACACUUGAUGGACUUCGAAUAUUUUAAAAUGUAUAAAUGUGUAAUAAAGAAGUAAGAACAGCAUUUCAAUAUUUUCACAUUUUCCAAACAUAUAAUCUUUUUAGCAUUUAAUAGUUUCAGUGGAACCACCAAGUUAUUCAGGUGCAGUGUCAAGAAGGAGGCGUGUCCUGAAGUUUGUGACCACAAGGUGGCACUGCAAAUCUAAGAAUUUACCUCUCAUGAAUUUGCUUGAAAAACUGUAUGAAAUGUAAAGAAUAUAGUAAUCUUCGCUUCGAAUCCUUACCAAUUUUUACAUUUUCACCAAGAUAUUUCUCAUUUAAAUAAGCUUUGUCCAAUGUAUAUAUCAUUUGGCUUGUAGCACCUAUAAAUAUAUAAAUGCUCCUCACAAAAAGUUCAAAAAAGUAUUUUGAUUGCUCUUAUUUUUAGUAGAUAUGAGUCAAUACAUUUGGGUGUAGCUCAGAAUGCGUAAUGACUCAGUUACAUAAACUUCACAAUUCUUAAGGCAUUUUAAAGCAAAGUCAUUUGAGGAAAGUGUGUUGUGGCUGUUUCAGCCCAGCCAGGCAAUUUCACUAGAGGUACUACAGGUAAUUGCACUCAGUGUCUAAAAAACUGUGUGAAACUGCAUAUAACUACUUUCUUAUAGCAACUAACAACACCACAUUCAGGAUGUGCUGUUGCUAUGUAAUAUAGGAAAUUUAACCUUGACGUUUAGUAAAAGACAUAGAAACUUUACACUGACUGGUUGAGCGAUAAAUAGUUUUAGAAUUGUCAUUCUUUACCCUUGCAAAGAGUAUGCUUUCUGUUCAUUUACCUAAAUAAAACUCACAGAUAAUACAAUGUAACCCAAUAAAAAAACUCUGGA